AUGGCUAAGUGCGUUAAUGAUGAAGUUGUGUGUAGUAUGAUUCAUCGGGCUGGAAAGGAACUCAGAUCCCUGAAACUCGGCCGUGUUGCUUGUCAAGCUAUACCUUCACUCAGAAGCUCUGGUCUUGUCUCACUAUUUUCUAAUCAUGGGUAUUUUCUUGAUUUACCAGGAUCUCUUGAGAAGCUUAACAAUCUCGUAUCGAUGGGAACCAAGUCCUUAUGCGCUCUAUUGUCAGUCUGUCCAAAUCUCACUGAUCUGAAGAUUGUUAAUUUGUAA